AUGAAUUUCUUAGAUAAUAUAGAUUAAUUAUGUAUUGAUCAAAUGAUUUGCGAAAAUUAAAAUUGUGUAAAGAAGCAUCUAAGAUGUCUAGCAGGAAUAUGCAUUGGAUUUUUGAAGGAACUUUGCAAAUCUUAGGAUAUUUGCGAUCUACUUCAUAUUGAAUUAGGAGAUUUGCAAGAUAACUUUGAAAAGGUGGCAAUAAAUGGCAUUUAUUAACACAAUUUGUGUUAAAAAAAGUGCAGUAAUUAAUCAAUUUGCAGAUUCUUACACCCAACUUGGUUGAAAAAUAUAUGUUUUGAUUGUCUAAAUAAAAAAAAAUGUAAUAAACAAAUAAAAGGUUUAUGGCAUUUAAGUAGAUGGAUAGAUAUUCAAGAAAAUGUAUAUUCAAAAUAUAAUGUAAAUGAUUUGAACCCAGAGAAAUUUGAAGCUAAUAAAGAUUGUUCAGAAGUAGCUAUAAAAUAUAAUCUUGAUAAAUAUUGUAUUAAAUAUUUUAAAGGAAUAUGUCCUAAUCUUAGAUGCUUAAAAGCUCAUAAAAAUUGGGAGGAAAUAAAAGAAAUAGGAAAUUUUAAAAAUUUAGAAGAUUAAAUUAUUAAACCUUGUAUAAAAUUAGAUUAAAAUUAAAAAAAAUAUGUUUAACAAUCUUAAACACUACAAUGUCCUGUUUUGAUGCAAAGGAAUCAACUUAAAUUAAUGAUAAACUCAAUCGAAUAAAGACCAUAAGUGGACAUAAUAUUUUUAUUAGAUUGUACAAACAGCAUGGGAAAAUGGAUGGAAGCUUCAAGAAGCAAUAUCACUUAAAUAAUAGCAGAAUACAGGAAAAAGGUAUAAAUCAAUACAGCAAUGAGAAUAGCUGCAGUUUGUUAUAAAGAUUUUUCAGAAGCUCCAAAUCAUAUUCAGUAUCAUGAUUUUACUGUAAGGCCAGAAGAGAUUGAAAAUUUUAUUAGUAGAAUUUAACCUUUUGGAGGUGAAGAUGUCCCUGAAGAUUUACAGGGAGCACUUGAUGUAGCAUUGAAAUUAAAUAUUUGUAAACAUAGCGCAAGUCUUUUACAAUUAUUUAUUAUUACUGAUGCUCCUUGUCAUGGAAAAAAAUAUCAUAAAUGUGCUUAUGAUACUAAACCAGAAGCCUAAGAUUUAGAAGAAAAACUACAAAAAUUUGUUAAAUUAAAAUCAAGAUUUUUUCUAACUUUCUUACAAAUACAUGAACAAACUUCUAUUAUGGAAGAGGCAAUGAAAAAAGUAGUAGAUAAAAAUUUCUUAAGUGCAAAGAUAACUGAAAAAUCAUUUUCAGAUUAUAUAGUAUUCUCUCUAUCAUCAACUUAUAAUAAAUCAAAAUCAAUAAAGGAAAAUAAAGAAUAUAUCCAUGUAUCUUAAGCUAUUUACAAAAAAUAAAAACCAAUGCCCUACAUUUAUAAUAAUUAUUAAAAUUAUUAAUAUCUUGAUACAUUUAAAGAACAAAUGCAAAGUACUUAAAUAAUUAAUUAAACUUUGGUAUUUAUUGAAAAAAAUGAAUUAGAAGUAGAUAAAUAAGGAGUAACAGUAAAAGUUUUCAAAGGAUUUGAUUAAAAAAAUAAUGUUCACAUCGUGAUCAAGAUUUUAUAAGAUAUUGUUUUGAAAUAUGAUAAUAACUAACCUUUGUCAGAAAAGGAGAUUCAAGAGGCUGAAUAAUAUUCAGAAUAAAAAUAUUUGUAAUAAUUGAUAGCAAAACAAUUAAGUCAUCAUUUUAAUUUUGGUUGUCAUUAGAAGCAAUUAGAUUAUGUUCCAAUUUAUUAUGCAACUCCGUAUUUGUAUGAAUUAGAGAAACCUUUUAAAGGUUUGAAAAAAAUAUACGGAGAAAGUUUAAUUGAUAUUGAUCAAAAUUGGAUCAAGUAUACUAAUAAUGGAGAAUAUUUUAAUUAAGACUACAAUUUAACUGUUUUCUCUCAUUUUACUUACUAAUACACUAAUUAAUAACUUAUAAUAACAGAUUUAUAGGGAAUAUCAAAUAUUUUAACUGAUCCUGCAAUUCACACAAAUGAUUAAAGAAUUUUUGAUUAAACUAAUACACGAGACGAAGGGUUACUUAGUUUCUUUUUAGGUUAGCAUUAUGAAUGUUCAAAUCUAUGUCGAUAGUUAUAAUUAAAUCCAACUGAAAUUUAGAAGAACCAGUAUAUCAGUAAUAAUCAUUAAGAUUCUGAUGCAGAUACUCAACUAGAAGUUAAUUUCAAUUAAGAAAAUUUAUUCAAAAUUUGUGAAAACUGCAAUGUAAUGGAAAAAUUAAAAAACUUAUAAAAAUAUGAAGAAUUAUGCGAUUAAUGUAAAGAAAAAUAAAGAGAUCUAUAAGAUAUUACUUGUAAAUGUUGUCGUACAAUUUUUUAAGUCUCAUAUAAUUUUGAUUAGUUAUUUGCAACUGUCCUAGAAUAUUGUUAAGAUUGUUAAAAAUAAGGAUGUCAUCUAAAUGAAGAAAAGAUGUGUUAUUAUUGUGCUAAAAAAUUAUGCUAUUAAACAAUUAAGUAUGUAGAAUUGCAAUAAAAAAAGAUUGGAAUAUGUAAUGAUGCAUAUUUCUAUUUAAAAUAACUUAAAUGUAAAAAUUGUACUUAAUAUUACUGUUUUAAUAGAUUAUUAAGCGAAAAGGAUUACCAUGCAGGUAAUUUCUUUUGUGGUUGCACUUUCUAAAUAAAGUGA